UGUCAAUCCAUCAGCCUCAUCAUCCAUCCCGCAGCUCGUCGUCCUCUGGUUGCCCGACACGACUACACGAGUUAACAACGGGUACCACCUUCAAAAGGGCACCCACCCGGUCGACAGCGCGGCUUUGACUUUUGGCUCUCUUUUUGCUCUUCAACAAACCAUUCAGUUUCCUAUUUGACCAGGCCAGACUUCAUCACCGUUGCUGACACCCCGGACAACCAACCGACAACCUGGAACCCGAAUUACAAGUACACUACGGUACAGUGCUAGUGCUGUCCGAUCGCCCGCCUGUUUUGGCUGUUCAAACACUCGUCACCAAAACUCACCAGCCACGCAUUUUUCCACUUCCAUCCCAUCACCAAACCCGACCUCGUCCAUUUUUCGCAACAGCUACCUCCAAUCCACGAUUACCCACCAGACUUGUUGCAUUACCCCUGUUCACUGUUCACUCCACACUAGAAGAACAGGAAUAUUCCCUUUUGCACUUCCAUUCCUGCCAGGAUAUUGCUUUCACAUCCUGUCAUGAUUCACGGAACUCCGAGCUAAACGAAGACAUCAAGGUGAGUGGAGAGAAUCGAAAAGGCGGACAGUUGUCGCGCCGUAAUGUCGGUACGGUGUGUACCUUGGUAACGACAAGCAUGGACACCACCACCACCGAUCCGUCCACAAGCAUCUACAGUCUGCUUUGCAGCAAUUUCUCCUUCCUCUGUCUUUGCGCAUUGCAUGUAACGGCAGCAUCUGACCCGAAUCGCAGCCUUCGGCCCACCAUCCCAGCCCGCCCUCCCUAGCCUGCCUACUAGGCGCGUCGCAUUUCGUCACCACCAGGGUGGUGACCCUUCACCUUGUCAACCACACCAGCGCCCGCUGGCGAUGAGGGAGAUAUUGCCGCCGGAACACACCAACCUCCACCUUCCCAGAAUCCCCGCGAUUUUUACAAUCCCAUAACGCCCACGCAGCGUCAGCAGCGCACGAUUCCUCCCCGGUCAGCCACGGCGACACCUGCAUCGGACGACGCAUCCCUCACUCCGUCUUCUCACCGAACUCUCCGUCGAACACCGCGCUUUCAAGCCGCUCGCAGUCUGAGCCCAACCCCGAGGCCAUCCCGAUCUUCGCGCCGCAUUCACCUCGAGGCGGCCAGCGUUGGUAUCGCACCCCAACCUAUCUUCGCAACUGCUGGUCCCCCUGGACUUGGACAACCCCCUCAGCCACACGGAAGCUUUCGGCAACGCCCUUUGCAAGAUAGCAGCGACGAUCUCAACGAAGACACGUUCCCGCCCCAGCCGUCGUUUAUCCCGGAACGGACUUCAUCCUUGUCCCACUCCAAUCCCCUCCGCCUUUCUCGACACACAAAGAGUGCUAUUCUCUGGGCUCUCGAGGAAGCUCUAAGGCAACCGUAUUCCUUCUCCCCAGAUCUGGACGAAGAAAACGCUUCGAUGGCGGAUCUACUGAGCGGCGGCGUCGGCCCUGCUACUUCCAAUGGUCAUGCCGUGCCAUCGCCGCGACCUACCGUACCUUCUCAGACUGGCUCCCCCCAGCAGGUGAUCCGUGGCCCUAGGAUGAUCAUGCGUGAACGUGCUGAACGAGAGGCAAGACAAAAAGCCGAAAGGGAGCAGAUAGAGCGUGCUCGCGCCGAAGAGGAGGCGCGUAUGCUUGAGGAGACGCGUCGACAGAACGCAGAAAGGAGAAAUGCUGCUGCUGGCGCUGCACCAGGUGGUAACAUAGCCACCGACCCGGCCACACAACGUAGGCAAAAACGAGCUCAAGAUGCCCAGGGCGGUCCCCAGGUACAGCCCGGAAAUCCCCCGCAAGCGGACGUACCGCAACCUUUGCGCCCAGCUCGCACCGGUCAACCAAAUCAGGCACCACAAGGCUUUACACCUGCCGCUGGGACUGGCGGUACAGCGUCUGGGCAACCAGCCGAGCCGUCAGCGCCCAAUGCCGGUACCAGGAUGAAGAACUCGUUCCCUCAUGCCUUUGAGCGAUGGGAAGCCCUGUCAGCGCACUGGGAGGGAAUGACCAGCUUUUGGAUACGAAAACUCCAGGAGAAUACCGACGAAUUCGACCGAAACCCAAUUUCCGCUCAGCUAUCCAGACAGGUCAGCGACUUAUCAGCAGCGGGUGCCAACCUGUUUCAUGCAGUUGUCGAGCUGCAGAGGCUACGCGCCAGCUCCGAGAGAAAGUUCCAGCGCUGGUUCUUCGAAACACGGUCGGAUAUUGAGCGCCUGCAGGAGACGAACGCCAUGCUCGAGAACGCCUUGGAAGAGGAACGGCGAAGUAGAACUGAAGCUGCCCGCCAAGCUCAGGAGCAGGAGCGCGAAAACGCGAAGACUCAGAAGUUGCUUGCAGAGAUGCGGAAGGAAUUAUUGAUCUCGAAAGACGAGGCUCGUCGCGCGUGGGAAGAACUUGGUCGUCGGGAACAGGAAGAACGGGACCGGACACUUUCCCUUCAGCAGGGCCAUCCAACAAUAGUAGGCGGCGUCCAGGUCGUGCCGAUGACACAGGGUGUUCCUAAUCGCCAAGCGAGCACGCGGGAUCAUCAGAGGACCCAAUCCGAUACUUCCGACUAUGUCGCCGCUCCAAAUCCCCAGUACCCUCAGUAUACCCAAGGAUCCGCUUCCCAACCGAACACGACUGCCGCUGCCCAACCAAGUGGCGCAUACUACCAGCAACAACCCGGUACCUCCACGCAACAACCUGGAGAUUAUGGGGCCGGUUCAGGAGCAGGCUAUGACGAAGAGGAUUUUGAAACCCCUACGUCGAAUCCCGCAACUAAUUAUCCCCCAUCGAGUUCGCAAUACGGCGGCACGUACCCUGAAUCAUCCGGAUAUGGUGGACAAGGCUACGCAGCGCCUGGAUGGGAAACGAUGCCCCGACACCAUCAUCCAACAAGGUUAAGCGACGUGCUGGAAGAGGACGAACGUAGUCGCACUUCGGCAAGCCGAGUCAGCCAAGCGUGACAAUGAACUGUCGCGCGGUCAACACACCGCACGACGCACAUAUUCGGAACAGCAUAUCAACGCUCCCAACUUGUUCCUGUUUGGGUGAUGUAGCCUGCUUAGGCUCUCGCAACUUUUGCUUCGAUAUUCGCUUCCGACUUCGGCGGAACAUUGUCAGAUUAACAGUAUAUAUCCGUGUAUCCAUCGCUCGGUUUGAUGGCGGAAGGUACUUUGGGCAUCGUCGGAUGGCAUGGCAGAAGAAAUUCACGCAAGCCAUGUCGAUUCUUCGCUGUCAUUAUAUCAUUGAGAUCCUCGCUUGAGAGUUCAGCAGCAUAUGGUCAGAUCUCCAUACGAUUUGUAUAGCGUCUGACGUUCAGUGAGGGUCUGCAAGGCAUUUGCAAAAGCAAAAGUCCUUGUCGCCUAUCAGCAGAGUACCUCUCGGUCCUGGAAUUUGUGCGAGUAUAUGACUGAAGGAAGAAGAAAAUUGGGAGGAGAAGCAAAGAAGAAGGGGGGAGGAAUGGACUUUUAUGAUCGUUUACUGGCUUUUUGUAAUGCAUAUGAUGAUGUUUAUUCAGCGUGGAACAGAUAGGGCCAUGGAAAGCUGGUAUAGGAUUUGAGGUGUAAAGGAGAUUCAAGAUGUAGGGCAGAAAUAAGGGGGUCUGUCUCAGUAUUUAGAACGGGAGGGGGCAACAGAAAUGAACGGAGAGUCUAGAGUGCCAUA